CGCGUCCUCAGCAGUGACAGCUGUAGCCGCACAGGUAGCGAGAGCAGAAGCUGCAGCAUUUCCCGCGCGCUGUUCCUCACAAGCGUCGCGCGCCCACCCGCUGGCCUCAAGCGGCUGUCUGCAGAGCGCGCAGACACUUGGAGCGACGGACCGGGAUAAAGGCCGAAGAGUGCUGGCUGGGGACGGGAGGGCGCGGGGGAGUGAUGGUUCCACUGCCAGCCGGGUGACAGCAUGGGGAUUUAGAGGAGAGGACGGGCCACGGAGGAGGAGUCGGGGGUCAGUUCCUCCCCGCUCCCUCCUCUUUCCAUCUCUUGCGUGAAAAGCGCGGCCGUGACUCCAACUGACCGCCACAGCAAAGGUGUGGCAAGGCUUGACUUUUUAUGCAGUACAAUAAGACAACUAUCCCUCUAGAAGUUUCAUCUCAAAUGGGACUCCUGUUCAAACCAAGAUGAACGGGCAUAAUAUUCUGGCAGGCUUUCUACAGUUGAAUUUUCUUCAAAUGGUAAUUUCCCAUUGCAUGGUAUAUCAGAUUCCUCCACAGAGUUUUCAGUUGCCAUGUAUGCCACCAGCGGAGACAUCUGACUUUCUCUUGUCUGCUGGAAUUGCAGAGAACAUUUCUACUUUAAAUGAAGAGUAUACCACAAUUAAAGUAAAUGCCACAAUACUUAUGGCUGAAGAUAAUUUCCUCUGUUGCCGCUGGAGCGAUACGCACAUUAAUUGUGUCAUAUACACUGCAGAAAUGGAAACCAAGGCAUUUACUUAUUCAGAAACUGAUGUCAUAACAUCUCAGCACAUAGAUUCAGUAUGUAAUCUACAGUUUUGGACCAAAGAAAAGACAGAGGAAUUAUUUUGUAUUGUGGAACUGUCUACUAAGCCAUCAUAUCUGAAUGAAGACUUAACCGUGAAUCUCUUAUAUGCAUUAGUUGAUGUAUCAUUGGAAGGCACCUCUACAAAUUCACUUAAGGACAAUUUCACAGUCACUCCUUGUAAUGCUGUAAACCACCAAAAAUAUGAAUGUCAGAUACCUUCAGCAAAACUCAACCAUACUUACGUUAUGUUGCUCAAGAUCACAAAUGGAAUCUCAUUGCUUCAGUCGCCAUUAAUGGCAGUCAGGCCUAUAGAUAUUGUAAAGCCUGAGCCUCCAUUACAUCUGCAAAUAGAAAUGACAGAUAAAGGGCAGUUAAAAAUAUCUUGGCCUAACUUAGCAUCAAAAUCAUAUCCACUUCAGUAUGAAGUAAAAUGUUUUGCAAAUUCAACUAAAAAUAUCUGGCAGGUGGUUGAGAUUACCAUGGAAACAUCAUUGAUUAUAAGCAACGCACCAUUUGACUCUUCAUAUGUAGUUCAAGUUCGCUGCAAGAGCCUUUAUGGAAUAGGCCUUUGGAGUGACUGGAGCAUACCUCAUAACUUUAACCUGCAAGAUGUCAUGUACUUCCCGCCGAAGAUCCUUGCAAGUGUUGGAACUAAUGUUUCCUUUUAUUGUGUUUAUAAAACCAAAAAUAAAGUAAUCUCAUCUAAGAAGAUAGUAUGGUGGUUAAAUUUAGCGAAAGAAAUUCCUAGAAGUCAGUAUACACUUGUGAAUGACUACAUUGGCAAAGUUACACUUGUCAACUUAAAUGCAAUGAAACCCAGGGGAAAUUUCCUCUUCAAUGCCCUAUACUGUUGUAAUGAAAACAAGGAAUGUAAUCACCGUUAUGCUGAAUUAUAUAUAAUGGAUGUUAAUAUCAACAUCACAUGUGAAACUUAUGGCAACUUACAAAAAAUGACUUGCAGAUGGUCCACCAACAAAGACCCAUUGCUUUUGGAGAGCAGUUUGCUGUUAAGAUACUACAGGAGUGAUGUGUAUUGUUCAGAAUCUCCUAGCAUGACUUCACAUUCGGAGAUAAAAGAAUGCAGUUCUGAGAGGAAUAAUUCUUAUGAGUGCAUCUUUCAGCCUUUUUAUCUUCUGUCUGGAUACACAAUGUGGAUAGAGGUUAAACACACAUUGGGAACACUUACAUCUCAACCAGUGUGUAUUCUACCAAAAGAAGUUGUGAAGCCGUUUUCUCCCUCCAGUGUCAAAGCAGAAAUCACAGGGGAAGUGGGGCUGCUGAAUUUGAACUGGAAUAAUCCAGAACUUCCAAAGAAUGAUCUUCAGUUUCAGAUUCGGUAUGCUGUCAAUGGAACAGAAAUUACUUGGGAGACACUUGAAGUUGCUACAGUAUCAGGUAGCUCUGUCAGUAUAGAGGUGCAGGAUCCCUGUGCAGUAUAUAUUGUUCAGGUGCGCUGCAGUGUGAUUGAUGGUGUAGGCUACUGGAGUGACUGGAGUAGACCAGCCUAUACAGUGGUUAAAGAUAUCAGAGUUCCUUUGAGAGGUCCUGAAUUUUGGAGAGUUGUUAAUGAAGAUCCUGUAAGGAACCAGAAAAAUGUUACUGUAUUUUGGAAGCCACUCAUGAAGAAUAUUUCCUUAUGCAGUGUUCUAGACUAUGUGGUAGAUCAUACAACUUCAGAAAACAUUACUUGGUCUGACUAUGUAGAAAAUGAUACUACCUAUACAUUUUCAUGGACAGAGGAUGUACACACCAUUAAGAUUAUAGCUGUUAACUCAGUUGGAGCUUCCUCUGUGAAUUUUAUUUUAACUCUGUCACAACAAAUGAGCACAGUAAACAUUGUGGAGUCUCUCAGCGCCUACCCAGUAAACAGCAGUUGUGUAAUAGUGUCCUGGACACUUUCACCUGUGAUAUAUAUUAUUACAUCUUUUGUAAUCGAAUGGGAAAACCUAAAUGGAGAAGAAGAAUUUAAAUGGAUAAUGGUUCCUCCAAAUGUGAAGAAAUAUCAUAUUUAUGAUAACUUCAUUCUCAUUGAAAAAUACAGAUUUAGUUUGUACCCAAUAACUUCUGAAGGAGUGAUGAAGCCCACAAUGGCAGAUGGAUUAUCUGCAGGUGGGACUGAAAAACAGAAUGAUCUGAACUUCUAUGUGAUUUUACUUCUAAUUAUUUCAUGCUCAAUUUUACUGUUUGGAGCUCUGUUGCUUUUGCACCAAAGAGUGAAGAAUUUUUUCUGGGAUGAUGUUCCGAACCCCAAGAAUUGCUCCUGGGCACAAGGAGUUAAUUUCCAAAAGAGAAUGGACAUUCUUUGAAGUCUAAUCAUGGUCACUGCCUGCUGAACCAUUGUGACAGCUCUCAGACUUCCUAUACAGAAUUGUUAGAAGAAUUUAUAUAUUUGCAUUCAGAAGACAGGAAUUACUUACCUAUCAUUAUAUGCUGGCUUUGUUUAUACGUAAUAAUAUUGCUGAAAAUAAUUUUGUUCAGAAGUUACACAAAUGAUAUAUAAUUUAGGGAAUGUUUCCCACUUUUCAGUCCAGAUCAGGGUUUUUCUAUGUGUAAGGGGACCAUAUAAGAAUGAAAGUGAGGACAGUGGUUACCAUGUUGCAUUCAUUUGUUUUCAGAAAACUCUUUUUCACCAACCUUCGCUGACAUGGCUUUCAGAGAUGAGGCUGGCAAUCAACCAGCAGUAUGGGAAUGAAUUAAUAGUGGUCCUGGGGUAGUUGGGAAGGUCCCUUGGCUUUGCAUGUCAGCAUGCUAUUUUGCAUCCCUGGUUUACCAUAGCAUCUAAAGAUGUCCAGAACUUUAUGCUGUAAAAACAGAAAUAUCUAGUAGUCUUUAAUGCUACUAUGUUUCAAUUGGUUUAUACAGAUCCCCCCGACACACACACACACCAUUUGAACACGUUUUCCAGUUGAACAAGCACCUCACAGUACUUGUUAUGGAAUGUGUUUGUCACUUAGAAUAUGAUUUCUGACCUCUAAGCAAUUAUUUCAAGAGGGUUGUACAUACGUGGUUAAGCAGCACAUAUUCAAUAGGGGCCCAAUUCUACCCCCUUCUCUAGCUCUACAGUAUUUCAGAUGAAUUGUAGCAUAAAGCAGGGGAAAUUGUUGAAGUUCUUGGAUAUCUUAUUGUUAUUGUUAGGAAUAAGACCUCUCUUUAGUUAAUUUGACAGGAAAACUGUCCAGUUCCUUUAAAAUCAGAGCUCUUGAAAUUUAUACCACUUCUGAGAUACAUAAUGGGAAAUUGGACUACCAUGGUGUACUAUGGAGCUGUAAGAUAUGGACAUGUAUUAUAUUCAAGUGACGAAAGAAAGAGAGAGAGAGAGAGAGAUCUUCUGUCUGGGAAGUACGUGUGACUCCUUAUGAGACCCAUUUUAUAUACAGUUGAUAACUGAAUGUCAUUCAGAAAGAUAUAUGAAAAUAAUUAUGUUUGCUGUGUACACCUAUUCAAUUCAUUAAGUUUCCCACAUAUAUGUAAAUCAAAUUACCAAUAUAAAUAUCCAAAUUAUCUUAAACCUUACUGGUUUCUCUGACUAUGCAAUCUCUGCUUGUUAAAUUAUUUAGUUCUUCGCUAGUCUAUUUCCAGUUAUAAUCAUUGUUUAUCUUGUGUUUAACUUCAUAACGGCUCACAUGUUCCACAGUAUUAGAAGAGUGGAACAGGAGUUGCAUGCUUACAAGAGGCUGCUUUGGUGCUCAUCCAGAGCAUUGUCAAGCAGCUGAAUGCAUUCCCUGAGGGUUGCACAACCCUCAGGGACAUAUUCCUGGCAGCCAAACAAUACUUUUAGAGGUGGGGGAGAUCAGCAAAAAUUGCUCUUCUUUCUAUGUACAUUCAGCUGCUUGGUAGCGUUCGGACUGAGUGCAAAGCAGCCUCUUGCAAGCAUGCAACUCCUGUUCCACCAUUCUAAUGCUGCACAUGUGAGCAGCAGCUUAUCUAACAACGAGUGAAUCUAAAAUCAACAGGAUUUUUCCUCAUGUUCAUUUCACUUGGAACAGAAUUGUAGAAGAAAAUAAACUUCUGAAAUAUUGACUAUUUUAAACAAAAAGUGUGUUAUUGGAAACACUAAGUGGACUGUCUUCCCUGUGGCAGCCCCACAGUGCACAAGUUACAGGUCUACACAGACUUUCCAUGUUUCCAUGCAGCCAUCAUCCUUUGCACAAUUCACUUGAGCUUCAGAAGCCAGGCAGAAAGUGGGCUCUGUUGAGCCCUAUUGGAAUCGCUCUGUUCAUAAUCACUGUGGCCAUACUAGGGAGAACUACCCCUAAGACUGCGUAGAAAUUAGGACCUGUUUCUUCAAAAUAAGCAUGCAGUAUAAACAAGGAUAUGAAAAAACAAUGCAAAGCUAAGAGGUUCUGUAUGAAAUCCUAGAUUUCGUAACUGGGCACAGGAUUGCACUUAGAUUGCCAAAAAGAUGCUAUCAUACUCUAGCCCUUUAACUUUAAUGUUUGUUUCUCCACUGAAGUCAAUGGAAUUAUUAAUAGUAGGCACAAAUAAAUGUCAUCUAUGUCUUGGA